CAGCCCAGGUGCUCUCCUUUUCUCGAAGGCUGCUGCCCUCCCGAGACCCCGUCUUCGGUGUGGUGGUGAUGGGGUGCGGUAACUCCAAGGGGUACGAGAUCGACCUUGACCCGCCAGUCGCAACCAAGCCGCCCGCCGCGACCGCGGAGUACGGCGCGGGCGCGGCCGCGCCAUUCCGCCUCUCAAUGGGGACAGGGGCGGAGGCGGGGUCAAUCACCCCCGAGGGUACCUUCACUGCGCGCACGGAGACGACCAACGACGGGUCGGAGUCGCCCCGGUCGGAGAUUGGCGAUAUCCUCCCGCUCACACCCAAGCGGGACUCGGACGCCAAGCUGCUCGACCACAACUUUAUGCUCACCUCGUUGCCGAGAGGGGGCAUGGGCUUGGGCAUGCCCGUCGCCUACGAGGCGCCCCAGAUGCCGGCGUCGAUGAGCGCGGCGCUCGGCCCGGUGGGCCGGCAGCCGCACUCCUCCUCCGGCUCCUCCCCUCGCGCGGACGAGCCCGGCCUCGAGGGCCCUCCGACACCGCUGGGCGGUUUCGGGCUCAGACCGGCGUUCUCGGCGGUCGCGAACCCCGCCCUCGACCCCGCCUACCUGACCCUCCCGCGCCACCAGAUGGGGUCGCCGCGGUAUGCGCAGGAGCGUGAGGAGGAGGCGAAGGAGCUGAGCUCGCGCCACAGCUCGCAGCGAGAGUCGAACAGCUACAGCGACAGCAGCAGCGAGGAGGAGGAGGAGGAGGAGGCUCCGACUCGCGCCAAGCCGGCCUUCAAGCUCAACAUGUCUGCCGUGGAGAGGGACGAGGUGGACGGCUCGAAGCCGGUCGCGGCACCGCACACGUGCAAGGAGGACAUCCUGAAAAACCUCAUGGCGGAGGGCGAGUCGAGGGAGGCGGCGGCGGGCGGGAAGAUAUCUUCGAUUUGAUGAGCAGUUGAUGGCGCACGCGCGAGUGGAGAGCGGAAUCAGAGCGGAGGAUGUACCUGUCCUCUAACCGCUGUGUGUGGACUCGGGGCCGGAGGGGCGGAGGGCCAAAGGCAAUGUUGACGAGUGGAGAGAGGUGGGGCAACGACGAAGGGUGUGGGGUGUCGCGCGCUGAGCGAUAUACCGCACACAGAGUGGAGAGAGCGAGAGAGUGGUUUGUGCAGAGAUCACACACGAGCACGGCAGUCGGCACACAUGAGUCAUGACACAAGUAUCAAGUUCGUCACAAGAAAAAGGAC